AUGGAAGACCGCUCGCUGGUCCAACACGUGGGCCGUGCUGCAGAGACGGCGCUCGACCUGGUCUAUGCGCUGCUGUCUGCGCUCCCGUGCGGGGCGGGUGCGGCGCAGGUGCGCAUCAACGGCAAUGCGUACGACAUUGUCAAGCUGCUCGGCGAGGGCGGCUUUAGUCUCGUGUACCUCGUGCGGGAUCCGGCGACCGGGCAGCAGUAUGCCUUGAAAAAGAUCCGGUGCCAGUACGGCGAGGCAUCCGUGCGCGAGGCGCUUGCCGAGGUCGAUGCGAUGCACCGCUUCCGCGGCCCGAACGUGAUCCGUGCGUGCGACGCGGCGGUCGUGCGCGACGACGUGCGUGCGUCGGUCCUCGGCAAUAUUCCCGCCGGCGACGAGGAGAGCACGCCCGGGCGCGUGGUGUAUAUCCUCCUGCCGUACUUUGCGAAUGGCAACGUCCAGGACGCGAUCAACGCGCACGUCAUCCACGGCACACGUUUCGACGAAAGGACCAUCCUGCAGCUGUUCCUCGGCGCGUGCCGCGGCGUAAAGACGAUGCAUAGCUACGCGCUCCCUGACGACACGGUCGAGGCGGCGCCGGCCAAGGGCGACACGGACUCGCUGCUCUUUGACGCGGACGAGGCGUACCCCCCUGCGGCGCCGAUGCGCGUCCCGAGCGAGGCGCCGGCCGAUGCGGCGCGCGUCGCGUACGCGCACCGCGAUAUCAAGCCUGCCAAUAUCAUGAUUGCCGACGACGGCCGCACGCCGAUCCUGAUGGACUUUGGCAGCGCGAUCCCGGCGAGAGUAGCCAUCCAGUCGCGCAAAGAGGCGAUUGCGCACCAGGACCUCGCCGCCGAGCGCUCGAGCAUGCCCUACCGUGCGCCCGAGCUCUUUGACGUAAAGACGGACGUGGUGCUCGACGAAAAGGUGGACAUCUGGGCGCUGGGAUGCACGCUCUACGCAAUGGCCUACUUGCACUCGCCCUUCGAGACAGCCUCGACGACCGAGCAAGGCGGCUCGCUCGCGCUUGCGGUGACAAACGGCGCGUACAAGUUUCCUACGAACGACACCUACUCGGACGCGCUGCGGGGGCUGAUCAAGGAGUGCCUCGUCACGGACCCCACGCGGCGCCCGUCGAUUGACGCGCUGAUCAGCGCGACCGAGGCGGCGCUGCGCGCCUAG